AGUUUGAUCUCCGGAUUAAGAAACACACAACGAAUUCACACCCGGAAUGGUUUUGACGCUCCGAUUAGCGUUCUGCUAAUGCAGACGGGUCUAAACAUUUGAAGGCAUCGGAAUCGUACGUUAGCGAAAGGGAUUUGUGGGAAUGUAAAUACGUGCUAAGGUUGAAAGGCAUUGCACCAUGGACGAGCUAAAGGAUAUUCUUCGCGAGUACGUGAAACGGAACCAGAUACUGGAGAGUUCUAAUGAGAUGCUUCGCGAGAAGCUGUUGGAGCAGGAAAAAUUGCAUAAGGUGUACGUCGAUGAUUUGAACAACAUGAAAACGUGUUUGGGAGGCCUGCAGGAUGCGCUCAUGAAGUGUCGCGCAAACAUUCUAAGCCACGAGAUGCUGGAUAAAUCGAGAAACGCGUUUGGCAGCACGCAAACUAAACCCGACCAAACAAAUAGCAACACAAUGGAGCUGGUUUCGUUGCAAGCACAGCUAGAAGUUUGCAAAAACGAUUUAGUCGAACAGCGUAACGCGUAUCAGGAGCUUUUAAUUGAGAAAAAUCGAAUAACGGCCGAGAUGCAGACACUGCUGCAGAAGAAUCAUCAACUGUCGAUGGAUCACGCACAAAAUAGAAUUAAUCCGUCCUCGCCACACCAAAUCAUCCGUCCAACGAAAACGGACGGUAUGAAACUGUACGGCACAUCGCCGGGAGUCUUUGAACGGCAGAUCGAACCUUGCCCUCACUGCAACAACGUGUUUGGAGAUUUUCUUACGCUCGAAACGCACAUCAAAGAUUGUCCGGGACUCGAUUACUAAUCGAUAUCGCACACGGCGGUUCAAAUGAUAACGCGACUGACUUUUUUUUUUGUUAUUUGUUUUGCUAUGUUGUUACCUUGUUUAUCGCUUUAUCAUCGGCCUUUACCAAAUAAAGUGGCCUGGUAGAGCGUUCUCUGUAAAAAAAA